AUGAAAGGAGCGAGCGGCUGCAUGGGAGGUGGUUGUGACAAGGGCGGUGCUGCGCGGCCACCGUCGGGGUCCCCGAGCGCCUCUGCAGAGAGGGCUUGCACGGGACCCAGCCCCCGGCCACCUUCUGGCCUGGCCCCGGAACCCCUCCUCGAGGUGCUGGAAAGCGCCCGACAGGUCAUCGGGCGGCUCGAAGUGGCCGUGGUGGCAAAGCGGGCUGAGCUCAAAAAAGAGUGCGCCGCCCUGGUCGAUGAGAGGGGCCGGCUGGAGGAGGCCCGGAAGCUGCUGGAGACCCGCAUUGCCUCGGCCUGCACGUCCUACGAGAAAUCCAUGCGCGAGGUGGCCGAGGAGCGGGAGACGCUGGAGGAGGCCCACGACGAGGCCGUCGCCGCGCAGGAGAAGGCCAGCCGCAUGGAGCGGCUCAUGGCAGAGCGUGACCAGGCGUCGAGGAAGCGCGCCACAGUGCUGCUCGCUCGCGAGAGACAGAACGACGAGCUCGAGCGCGACCGCGCCGACGUCCUCCGCUGGGAGGAGCAGGUUGUGCUGCGCGAGACAGACGUCAAAAUAAUGGCGUUGGCACUUGACGCCCGGGAGGAGCAGAUCAAGCGGCGCGAGGCGGAUGCCGGCUCGGCAUCGUCAGCACUCACGGCCCAGGAGGAGCUGGUCGCCAAGCGGGAGGCCGACCUGGCUGCCCAAGAGCAAGUCGUCAAGGCCCGAGCCGAGCAGCUGGAGCGAGCUCAGACCGAGGCGGCCGUCCAACGCCGGGAGAUCCCGUUCACGAGGGGCGUCCCUACCAGUGCCGCCGACGGCACCAGCCUCAAGGAUCGGCUGAAGAACACCGAGGAUGAGCUCGAGAUCGUCCUCACUGAGCGGACGAACGUGAAGCUAAUGAUGCAGGACAUCCUUCAGCAGGCACGGGACUCCGUGGAGGCGACCGGGCUCGGGCGCGUGUUCGUGGGCGAUCAGUCGCUGGACAAGGAGUCGAUAAGCCACAUCGCCCUCGGGUUCUCAGAGAUCCCCCGGCACCUCGAGGCCCUUCCUGACGCUAUGCAGGAGCUGGUGACCCGGGAGGGGCGUGCACUAGCCCAAGGAGUGGCCAAGCACGUUCUCGCCUGCUAUUGCAGCCGGGACCCCGCCUUCCUGCUGGAGCUAGCCCGGCAGGGUGUGGUUGAGGCAGAGGAGGCUGCCGCUUGGGAAGUCAUCCGCGCCGUCACCACCGAGGUGGCGAAAUGUUUUGUGCGGGAGCCGGACCCGAGCAACGACAGUAGCAGUGACGCGUGCUCUCCUCCUCCUGAGCCUGUAGAUAGUUAG